CCUGACAAAAAUUGUACGAAAAUUGUAUACUUUGAUGAUGCAAAGGUUACACUUCACAGAGGAAUAAGAGCACAAGUACAGAAUAAACAACUGUAUAUUAGGUACAUCAACACAUUUUACCUUUCAUAGUGUAUCAUUUGAAAACAUCUUACAAUACAAUGUUAGAUAAUCAUACAUGGGGAUUAUGUUUGGCAGUUGUUGCUGGAACAAUGGCUGCGCUAGCUUCAGUGUCGGCUAAACUUGCAGUAACAGCAGAUGUUGUCCAUGAACUGUGUUUGACAUUUGCUAGCAGCAUUGACAACAUGGAAAUUAGUGUAAUUUGUGAUUCAAUUUCCUAUGUACUGAGAGGGAUAUGUGUUGGAGGAAUAUUUCUCUUUAAUGCUUUGAUGUGGACAUUUUACACCAAAUCACUGCAGUAUUGUCCAUCUACAGUGGAGGCUACAGUGACAAAUACUGGUGCAAACUUCCUGGUUUCAGCAGUAUUUGGAUUUUCCUUGUUUGGUGAAAGCUUCUCUAUAUUGUGGUGGUUUGGUUCCUGUUUAAUACUUGCUGGACUGGUACUCAUUCAUCAAGGUAGUCAGGAUACAGACAACAGUCAUGACGAUUCUAAAAAAGUGAAAUGAAGGUGAUGUUGAGAUAUCCCAAUGUACUUCAACACACCUUCCUCAUUAUAUUGGUAGCUACUUGACUUCUUGACGUUUGGAUGGUUUUUGGAAGAAUACAACAACAUGUAUACAAGAAUUCUGUUUGAGAAGAGGAAGAUGUAAAGUGGAGGGAUUAUGCAACAGAAUUCUAAGAUGUAGUGUUGGCAAUCAGUCAAAAUCUCCAUGUCGACUAAUAACUAUAAGUAUAGCCUGCCCGUUGGUAAAGUGAAGAAAUCAGUUGUAUAGAUUAAUGCAAAACAUGGUUAAAUGGCUAACUUUUUGCUAUGAAAACUGUUUAGGUGAUUAUUCUCGCUACUGACAUUUAUGAGGCAGUUUAAUUAGAAAUCCUGUGGAUUUUUUCCCAGGAAAAACAAUUACCGGUAUAUAACAAGAUAUUUUGCUUAUUUUAGGUGAUUUAUUAGCAUGUCAGAAUUGGUCAAAGAUGAAAAGUUUCAAUGACAAUCAUGUUAUAAUCAUGAUGUGUGACUGUGAACAUCACUUUUAAGGUUGCCUUAUAAUCACUACUGGAUUACAUAUCUACAAAUAGUAUUAUACGAAAACCAGGGUUCCUUACGGCCGACCACAAUAAACCAUUACGUCAGUCCAUCGCAACGCGCGGUCCCUGCUGCCUCCGGCAGUAACCAGUCCUAAACACCUGAAAUAUCCGAUAUGGACACUCGUCGUUAGGGCCAGUAAAAACGAACACACACAAUUGCGUGAAUCGCGAUAAUGGGUGUUCAAAUGAAGGUUCCGCGCUGGUUGUAUUGUAUUCAUUAAUGGCUCACUGGUCUAGUUUAACUGCUCACAGAAUUGUCAUAGCUGAAAAAACAUCUAUAAAAGAUAAGACAAUGUAUAAUUGUAUGACUGGUCAGACAAAAGUGUCAUGUGAUGCCACUGUGUCACCCAUCUGGCUUGUUUGAACAUUGUUUAGCAGUUUAAUUUUGGUCAAUAACUAAUGAAUAAAUUGACCUACUAUUGUCAAAGUUGAUUGGCCUUUUGCUUGUGGGCACCUAUUAAUUUUGAGGCCAGUUUUUUUAAGGUCUACGUAGCAGUGACAGUGCAAAAUUCAUUUCAGGUCGUGAAAACACAUUGACCUUCAUUUCUGUCUUGGCAGCUACAUUGCCCAUAGUCAGUGAAUACCUUAUAUUGAUUAUGAGAUCACUGUGUUAAAAGUCAAUAUCACAGUGUGCAUUAGUACAAAAAGCACAUUUACCAUGGACUCUGAUUUUUAAGUUUCUUGGUCAGACGUCAUGGUCACUGUCAUACUAGUGGGCAGACAGAAAAACCUGCUAUAUCCGCUGAAUCCUUCCGAUGGCUUUAUAUAACACAGUCACCUUCAGAGUUGUUUUAAAUGUAUAUUGUUUCUCAUAUAAGAUAAAAUUCCUUUCUUAGUAUAUCUAUUUAAAAUUUUCAAAUAGUAGAGCUAAAUCUGUUGUUUUCCUUUCGUUGGCAUCAGUUCCUGCUUUGUGAAAGCCAAGGCAUGUAAGCAUGAACAUGAAGUUUGUUUUAAUUUUCCAUGUUUGAUAAUAAACAAUAAGUAGA